UAUUACGCUACUGGAGAUAAUAUGAAAACCAUAGGAGAUACACUUGGUUUUCAUAAAUCAAGUGUAUCAAGAAGUGUCAGAGAUGUAUCGCAGGCGCUAGUGAACAUAUCUUCACAGUUCAUUAAGUGGCCAUCCCAGAAUGAGAUGGUGAUAAUUAAGAGAGGAUUUUAUUCAAUUGCUGGAUUUCCUGCUGUGGUUGGUGCUGUGAACUGCACACAUGUGAGAAUUAUUGCUCCAUCUGAUCACGAACCUGCUUAUGUCAACCGUAAGGGGUACCACUCUAUCAACACCCAGGCUAUAUGCAAUCAUAAAGGCAAAUUUACUAACAUUGUUGCAAAAUGGCCCGGCUCCAACCACGAUUCUUUCAUCUUCCGAGAAUCUGAUAUCGGGGCCUACCUUGAACAGUGUAAACCUGAAUGUGCAGCAAAAAUAAUUGUGGCAUGUGCUGUUUUACACAAUAUUGCUCAGGACAGGAGAGAGACAAUCAAUGAUGCUGGCUGUGAUGACACUCAGGACCAAACAGAUGAGGCUGAUGUCUUACUAGAUGAAGUAGCUGCCCAGUCCAUAAAUAACAAUAUCAGACAAUUCAUUGUCAAUAACUACUUUUAA